AUGGCUUCCGCAACUGUCCAUUUCUCAAAACCUUCACCUUCUCUAUUUACAUUUCCUCCAAACAAUGAUCCUCAAACUUUACCACCUCCAAUACCACGUUCAACACUUUCUGCCCCUCCUUUCGCAAUCGAUCCCUCAUGGUUCAAUGCCGCCCUCGAUGUUCGAGUCCCAAUCACAAUUGCUGCGGUUUAUGCCGUAACUGUUACACUCGUCAAUCAUUACAAUAGACGCGCAGGGAAUAAACCAUGGCCAAUCAGUAAAACCAAGGCUUUCUUCGUUUUCGUCGUGGCACAUAAUAUUUUCUUGGCCGUAUACUCUGGGUGGACUUUUAUUGGCAUGUUUGGAGCUCUCAAGAGAUCCAUUCAAAAUCCAAUGGGUCCAGCUGGUCUCGCAGGCACCGUCGAUAGUUUAUGCAAAGUUCAUGGAGUGACGGGUUUGGAUAAUGCCAUGACUUAUAAUGCGACCAUGUCGAAAUGGACCGCUGAAUUACCAACCGAGUUCAAAUUGACCAGCGCUGGAAUUCCAGAUUCUACCGAUUUGGGUAGAUUAUGGAAUGAGGGACUUGCAUUUUAUGGAUGGUUUUUCUAUCUUAGCAAGUUUUAUGAGGUUCUUGAUACCGUCAUUAUUUUGGCAAAGGGAAAGAGAAGUUCGACUUUACAAACUUAUCAUCAUGCUGGUGCUAUGAUGUGUAUGUGGGCUGGAAUUCGAUUCAUGUCACCACCAAUUUGGAUGUUUGUAUUUGUUAAUUCUGGAAUUCACGCAUUGAUGUAUACCUAUUAUACACUCACAGCAUUUUCCGUCCCCAUCCCACAAGCUCUGAAGCGCAGUCUCACAACAAUGCAAAUUAUUCAAUUCCUCGUUGGAGCUACCUACGCUACACUUCAUUCCUUCAUCUCCUAUACAGUAACUGUCAAAGUUCCUUCCAUUCCAGCUACCAUCUCCUCUGUUGUUUCUUCAGCAUCAGUAGUCGCUACUUCAGCGGUAGCAAUCGCAACCUCAGAAGGUGUCUCUGCUUUCAUUAAAAAACUUCUCUACCGCGCAGUUGGUGAAGAAGGUUUAGCCGAAAAUGUCAAUGCUCCAGCUUUUACAGAAACCGCUCAAGCACCUAUUGCUUCUCAUAAAUCCCAUUCGAAAAUCACCUACGUUACUGAAACCCGUACAAUUCCUUGUAUUGAUACUAGUGGACAAACAUUCGCCAUUUGGCUUAAUGUAGUUUAUCUUACUCCAUUGACAUUCCUAUUUGUAAGAUUCUUUAUUAAAUCUUAUAUUAGGAGAACAUCUGGAGGUGGAAAGAAAGCAGGAAGGAAAGCUAGUUUUGUAGCAGCGGAAAAGGCGGGAUUUGAUGCGUUGAAGGGAGUGGAGAGGGAAUUGAGUAGAGGGGAAAAUGCACUUAAGGGAAAGUUUGAGAAGAUUUGA